AGGGCGCAUCAAGACUCACCAUCUUUGAGUGCAUUUUUACUUCAUCUCUCCUUAAAUCCUUUUUGACCAGAGAGAAGAGAGAUGAAACACACCAUAAUUAUCCUCCUGCUGCUUCUCCUGGGCGCCUGCACAGUUACCACUGCUUCAAAAAAUCUGGCCUUGCGUGGGAAAGCGACUCAGUCAUCAAUCAGAGGCGCACCAUGGACAGGCUACAGUGCCGCCUCCAAUGCCAUCGAUGGAAACCGCCAAUCUCAAUUCAUGGCUGGAUCAUGCAGCACUACUGAAUAUCAGACGAACCCCUGGUGGAGAGUGGACCUGCUGGACUCCUACAUUAUCACCUCCAUCAUCAUCACAGUCAGAGGAGACUGCUGUGCAGAAGAGACCAUUGGGGCAAAUAUCUACAUCUCGGACUCUCCUAUUGAAGAUCAGAGUCCAAAAAAAGCGGAUGGUUAUGUUCCUCAUGUUCCAUUGGGCAAGUCUUUCACUCUGAAUUUUGACAGCAAAUUGGAGGGACGCUAUGUGACUUUGAAAAUGGAGGGUCAAAACAAAGUCCUUUCACUCUGCGAAGUGGAAGUCUAUGGGUAUCCUGCUGUUGUGGCUGGAGAGAAUUUGGCACUCCGAGGACGAGCAAAGCAGUCAUCAGUGUAUCCAGCUGGAAUCCCAAUGAAUGCCAUAGAUGGGAAUCGUGCCAGCAACUGGAACGAAGGCUCCUGCAGUCACACGCAAUACAACUUCAGCCCCUGGUGGCGACUGGACCUGCUCAAAACCUAUAAGGUGGAUUCUGUCAGCAUCACUAACAGAGAUCUUGUACCAGAACGAAUCAAUGGAGCUGAGAUCCGCAUUGGAAAUUCCCUCGACAACAAUGGCAACAACAAUCCCAGGUGUGCUGUGGUCUCGCACAUCGUUGGAGGUGGUACCGAAACCUUCCAGUGUAAUGGGAUGGUGGGUCGCUACGUCAACAUUGUCGUUCCAGGAAGAAAAGAGUACCUGACCCUGUGUGAGGUGGAGGUGUACGGCCACAGCCUGGACUAGGUCUGAGGAGGCUGAGAAAGUCAACAUACUCCCUUUUUACAUUGAGUGAUGCUCUCAUGCAGGCUCACACUGAUUAUUGAUUAAGCCUCACUUUCUAGAUUGUCAAUAUGAAAACCAGUCAUGAUGGUAAUGAUGCCAGGGACAAAUAUUGCUGUGACAGAACUGCCUGACUUCUGUGAUUCUACUGACCAUGAUGUAUCAUCGUAGAGCUGAUGGGUGUUGCAGCAUUGGAAAAUAAGUGGUACUUAUUGUGCAAAAUAUUUUGGAAGUAAAGGUUAAAGUUGGGUUGAGCACAUUGUUUAGCUCUGUCUCAGUUUUCCAGACUUUUCUAGUGAAAGCUGGAUUGGAGGUUGAUCUUGUUGGUCUACAGCUGCUCUGUAUGCAGAUAUAAUGUCACUGGGCUACUUGUGAUUUGUCUGGUCUGUGCUUUAUGGUCGAAUGCUGUUGCUUCGUUGCUUUUGAUUCAGUCUGAGAUGACUGUUUUCAAUAUUGAACACAGCAUUGUUACGACACUCUCUGCUGCUGAAUAAUCAGAAUCAUAAUCAAAUAAUCAUAUUUGCUGAAAUAAAUUUUCUUCAAAAUGAA